UCCAGGAGAGACCAUGUCCGCCGUCAUAGGCAAAUUGUAUGCACCUCUACUCUCAUUUAAAACUCAUUCUCCAUGAAAUAACAGUGACGCGGGGCCUCAAGGAUGGCCAACUCGGGUGCUGUUCAGGUCAAACUAGAACUCGGUCAUCGUGCCCAGGUGAGAAAGAAACCCACCGUGGAAGGCUUCACCCACGACUGGAUGGUGUUUGUCCGAGGACCAGAGCACAGCAACAUCCAACACUUUGUGGAGAAAGUCGUUUUUCACCUGCACGAAAGCUUCCCCAAACCAAAAAGAGUGUGCAAGGAUCCACCAUACAAAGUGGAGGAGUGUGGAUACGCAGGCUUCAUCCUGCCCAUUGAAGUUUACUUCAAAAAUAAGGAAGAACCGAAGAAAGUCCGCUUUGAUUACGACCUUUUCCUCCACCUGGACGGCCACCCGCCUGUCAAUCAUCUCCGCUGUGAGAAGCUCACCUUCAACAACCCAACAGAGGAGUUUCGUAGGAAGCUGCUGAAAGCCGGAGGGCAACGGGAUCCUAACAAACGAAGUUCAGAAGACUCCAAAGUGAUGGUAAUGCAGGAGGGCUCCACCUCUCUGUUCGGCCAGCACCUCAAGCUGCCUACGCUUCCCAACAGCUCGCUGACAACCACCUUCUCUGACCCAAAGAAGAGCAAAAGCUUCCAUGGGUCAAAGGACGGCUCCAAAGGAAGCGGUAUAACCCUUCUCACCACCGCUACAACCACCAGCACCAACAGCAGCAGCUUCUCCAAACUCCACAAGCCUUCCAAGGACCACAAAGACAAGCCUCUAAAGGACUUGAAAGAGCCCAAAAGUGCCUUCAGAGACUCCGGCUGGGAACCCAGCAAAGCCCCCAAAGAACCUUCCAGGAAACCCAAAGAGAACCAGCCACUUAGAGACAUCAAUCCUAAAAUGGGCUUCAAGGAACCCAAGUCUUUGUCCAAGGAGCAUCGGACUGAGGGGACGACCCACGGGCCGGCGCUAAACAAGCGUCUGUCCGCCCCCGACAGUGAUGAUCACGUGACCAAAAAACGUAAAAAGGGAUUUGUGGAUCCAUCAGGGAUGCAGACGUCAGGGUCAGACGCUCAACAUUUAGAUAAGAAUCUCUUGAAGGACAGAUCGCAGGUGCGAACGAGUAAACUGCGCCCGGAAGGUGACGAGGCAGACCGCAGGAAGGUGUCCACACUGCCACCAUUCCAGGAACUGGUGGACCCUAAUGACUCGGAUAUGGAGGACCAGUCCACCAAAUCAGAUUCCGAACAGCCCAGUCCAGCCAGUUCCAGCUCCAGUUCAGGCUUUGCUCCCACACACCACAAACGGCAAGUGGUGGACUUCAUCAUCAGGAAAAGGGUGGCUAUUCCUGCACCCACCCACACAGUGCUGGGCCCGUUGCAGUCGGUCAUGCAGGAUCUGCACUCAGAUGACAACGAUGACGAUUCGGAGGAGGACGACGACAACGACAUGGACUCCGACAUGGAGCGUCCAGCGCACAUGCAUCUCACGCACCACCAACGCAGGGUCAGUUUAAGUGAUGGCAGUGAGAGUGACAGCUCCUCGCCCUCCCCCCCAUCCCGCAAUGAAGCCCCACCCAUACUAAAGACUACUGCAAACCAGAUCCUGGAAGUAAAGAGUCCCACCAAGCAGAACAAGCAGGACAAGAACAGAAACAUAGACUGUGACAAGGCUUACCUGGACGAGCUGGUGGAGCUGCACAAAAGACUGAUGACACUAAGAGAAGGUCAUAUACUGCAACAGAUUGUGAACCUCAUUGAAGAGACGGGACACUUCCACAUCACAAACACUACUUUUGACUUCGACCUUUGCUCCUUGGACAGAAGUACGGUUAGAAAACUCCAGAGCUACCUGGACACCUCGGGACUGUCCUGAGGCUCUGAGCAGCUGGCUGCUGGAUCUCUGUCUCCACGUAGACUUUUUAGAUUUUUCUUGAAUGAACUCCAACUUUGGAUGCAAUGCAAAAAGCCCCAUCACGGCAUGGUCCGGUUUGCCGUUUGUCCGGCCUGCCGGUCGGACCGGGCCCUCUUAGUGAAGAGGUGGUCCCGCUACAGGACCUGGAGCCAGGUGUUGUGGGUCACGAGCCCUGUGGAUCAGGAGAUCACCCAGAAAGCCUUCGAACUUCACUUGAUUUCUUAGAGAGAAAAAAAAGAAAGUGGUUGCUCUUAAUGAAUGUGCUUAUUGUUACCAUGAAUGUUCCUGGAUUUGUUGUUCAUCGUGACAAAUGCAUGGUCAGCAUUGCCUUACAACAUUGUAAGUCUUAUUUAUUGAAUUUAAUUUGCGGGGUGUGUGUGUGUGUGUGUGUGUGUGUGUGUGUGUGUACGUACGUGGGUGUAAUGGCAACAACAAAAAAAACAACAACGCAGAAUGAGACUUUGUUGAAGCACUUCACAGCAGGCAUGUCUUUGGAUCUGUGUGACAGAUGAGCAUUACUGCGGACGCUACAGCUGUCAAUCUUUAAAUGGGAACAAUGGAAGCAGGUGUGAAGGUGACGCUGAUAACUUUUUAUUCCAACCGGUUAAAGGAGCAGCCAUGCAGAAAGCACAGCUACAUCUAGUGAGGUCAGUCUUUGUGAGGAUCCACUUCGAGGCCCGGCCAGUCAGUGAGGGGGGGUGGUUUGGAUAAAGACAAACUUUCUUUCAAAGUAAAACGUGGCAUGGUCUGGGCUGGGUUUAAGUACAAUCUAGUUGCCCAAAUUAUGAAAACAAAAUUUGUGCUUUUGGGUUCUGACUGGUUGAACUCUUCAUGAUCUAGUUACUUACUUAUAAAUUGUCCGAAAAUACCCCAGAAACAUGCCAACACUACAAGGAGAAGUCCAUGUUUGUGGGCUUACUGCGAAACACUGGUAGACUGAAUAUAACAAGUGGACGUUGUCAUCUCGACGUGACCCACUGGUUUGUGGACUGCCGCUGUGAAGCCUUGAGUUGGCGAUUUUGCCAUUGAAAUCUUGAAUUACGGCCGCCGCCAUGUAGUUGAAUACGGCUCUGGUAGCGGCAGCGACCUGUCAAUCACAAUAAGCCCGCCCUAAAGCAUACCCUGCUUUAUGGACCAUUUGACUCUAAAUGGACCACCAUUUACUAAAUGAACAUCAUGCUGUAUUGAAAAGAAUUGAAACUAGAGAUUGAGACCAUAAACUCAUGUUUACAAUAUAGUCAUUUUCUCAUAGACUUUUAUACAACCAGAAAAGUCGCCCCCUGAUGGUCAGUGAAGAGAAUGCAGGUUUUAAGACAUUCUGCAUUGGCUUCACUCAGCAGAACUGGAGGUUGCCACCUGGCAAGACAAUAGAAAUGUACACACACGACAUGUAUGUUUAAUUCUUACUACAAACCAGAGCCAACCAUGUAACAGAUAAAGAUCCAAUUGGAAUCCCUGUAUACGUUUCUCCGUUUUACACAAACCCUGCCAUUCACUUUCACGCCUCUCACACCCGAUCUCGCCAUGUACAGCCGUUGGGAUUGUUGGAUGGUGUUUCAGACUGUUGGACAACACCGACUAGCAUGUUGGUUGAAGCAUGUUGAGGCUCCUCAGCGUGCAGGCGAUACUCUAGCAUUUCCAAACUGCACCUGCAUUUUGAACUAAAAAUGACAAGUCUUUGGUGACUGCUUAAAGCUGUUAUGUCUAGAAUUCUAUUUCGGCGCCCCGUCUGUGUUAGUAAAAAAAACAACACUGUGGGAGUAACAAGUUAUCAUCUCCUUCCCCACAUGAAUCUGAUCAACUGCAAACAGAAAAGUUUAAAGGUAGUAUCACAACAUAAAAAUCCACACGUUGGUUUUGUCUUCUUGCACGACCUGUAAACUAAUUUGUUCUAAUUCCAGCUGUAACCCCCCCCCCCCCCCCAUACACACAUCAUUUCAUAAAGGUGCAACAACAUUUGGCAGCUUUUUUUGCUUUUCUUAUUCCAUUAAUUUCAUCGGCUGCAAUGUAAAGUCAGCUUUGUUGUGUUGGCUCAUUUUCUGCCAACAUGCUGAAAUCAUGACUUUCCAGUUGGUUCAGGACACUAAUGUUUAUCUACAGAACACGAUUGAAGGGAAGUCAUUGUCAAUUUUCCAUCGGAUGAAUGUAUUUGUAGAAUAGAACCAGCCCUCCCUUUAUGAGGGGACAGCUCAUCAUUUCUGAAAGGUGUGAAAUAGUUUUUGUUAACAUUAGAAAAGGCCAUUGGGCCAACUGGUACUGUUACGAGUGUAAAAAAACAAAAAAACAACUUAUUUAUUUUGUGGGUGUUUGAGUUGUUAAAUCAAAGCUCAAUAUUAUUUUUUUCCAAGCAGAAUGCCUUUGUUUGGUUUGUAACAGAGGCCACUUUUGCCGGUCUGCUGAACCAACGGUAAACAGUCGAGGUUCUUUCCAAAUUACCUGAGAGGGUUUUUCUCACCCUGCGUUCUGUCUUAUGGUUUCUUGUGUAUUUUGAGGACAUACAAUAAACAUUCUGUAUGAUGUACAGAUGAGUUAUUA